AUGACAUGCCGUUGGGGUGGAGAUCGAGGUUGUAAUGCGUCACCGGCUCUGUGGAGGAAUAUGGUGGUGCUACUGCCGUUUAGGGGAAAUGAAGAGGUGGUGGUGGAGUGGAGGGAGGUAGCCAGUAGGCAGACUUUACUAAUGAGUGAAUGUUUUUGCAUUUCGAUUACAGGCAUGUUAAGCUAUUUUACAUAUUCUCUCCACUUUGGAUCUGGUAGGGAUAGUGUUGGUAAUUCCAGCUUAAAGGUUCUUGGUUCUCACAAAUAUGAGCCUGAAGGAGGAUAUAGUAGGAAGUGGAUUAGUAGAUCUGUAAAUACAAAAACAGGAGGAAAAAAGGACACCUUCAGCAGCAAAACUAGUAUCAGACCUGAAAUAUCUGAAGAAACAAGUAGCAUUAAGUUAAAUAAAUAUGAAUUAGAAACAACUGAAUUAGAAAGAAGUCAAUAUUAUGUUCAGCAAAAGAUUGCUGACAACAAAGACUUGGAAAGGCUUGUAACAAUUAUUGCUUUUGAUAUUGAAACUACUGGAUUUGGCAGAGAGAAUGAUCGGGUUAUUGAGAUUGCCUUUCAAGAUCUACGAGGAGGAAAAAACAGUACUUUCCAAUCUCUAGUGAAUCCGGGACGUUAUGUGCCAAAUACACACAUUCAUGGUAUUUCAAACAAUAUGGUCAACAGAUCUGAUGUUCCCAGUAUGGAGCAGCUGAUUCCUAUCUUACUGAAGUAUAUCCAAAGCCGCCAGAUACCUGGUGGAGUUGUGGUUUUAAUUGCUCACAAUGCUCGGACUUUUGACGUCCCCUUUUUGAAAAGAGAAUUUAGUCGCUGCUCUUGCAAGAUUCCUCCCGAUUGGUUGUUCAUUGACACCCUUCCACUGGCUCGUGCAGUGAUGAAAUCUAAAGGAUCCAAAGUUCCAUCAAAAGUAUCGUUACAAGCCCUUCGGGAAUACUACGAUAUUCCAUUGGUUGGUUCAGCCCAUAGAGCCCUAUCAGACGUGCACUUACUAGCACUGGUUCUUCAGAGAUUGACACAUGACCUGAAAUUGCCAAUCUCUGGCCUACUUCAAAGCUCGUUUAAGGCCUCAAACUAG